UCGCGAUCGAAAAUGUGGCUCGUACUUUUUGUGAUUCUGGCUCUGCCACUUUUGGCAGUCGGGUAUCUGCAAUUGAUAACUUACCGGCGAAGAAAGAUUUUGAAAAAUUUUAAUGGCCCCAAAGGCCUGCCCGUAAUUGGAAAUGCCCAUCAAAUGGGCAAAAAUCCAUCUGAAAUUCUUGACCAGGUAUUUGCUUGGUGGCAUCAAUUUGGAAAAGACAAUUUUUGUUUCUGGAUAGGACCUUACUCCAAUGUACUGGUCACAAACCCCAAGUUCUUGGAGUAUAUACUCAGUAGCCAGACAUUGAUCUCAAAGUCCGACAUCUAUGACCUUACUCAUCCUUGGCUGGGUUUGGGUUUGCUCACCAGCACUGGCAGCAAGUGGCACAAACACCGCAAAAUGAUCACACCUGCAUUCCACUUUAAUAUCCUUCAGGACUUUCACGAGGUGAUGAACGAGAACUCCAGCAAGUUCAUCAAGCACCUGCGAAAGGUAGCAGCCGGAGACACUAUCUUCGAUUUCCAGGAACAGGCCCACUACCUGACCCUAGAUGUUAUCUGUGAUACUGCUAUGGGAGUGUCCAUAAAUGCCAUGGAAAAUCGUACCUCAUCUAUAGUUCAGGCUUUCAAGGACAUGUGCUACAAUAUUAAUAUGAGAGCCUUCAAUCCGCUGAAGCGAAAUGAGUGGCUCUACCGCCUUGCUCCUGACUAUCCUGCCUACAGCAGGACUCUUAAAACUCUUAGGGACUUCACCAAUGAAAUAAUUGAGAAGCGAAUUGCGGCCCACAAGUCAGGUUCCGUGACAACAGCCCAAGCCGAUGAGUUCUCUCGCAAAAAGAUGGCUUUCCUGGACACGCUACUAUCAUCCACCAUUGACGGACGUCCUUUGAACUCAACGGAGCUGUACGAGGAAGUGUCCACCUUUAUGUUUGAAGGACAUGACACCACAACGUCUGGUGUUUCCUUUGCAGUCUACUUGCUUUCCAGACAUCCCGACGAACAGAAAAAAUUGUUUGCUGAGCAAUGCGAAGUGAUGGGCACUUCGGAACUAAAUCGGGAUGCCACCUACCAAGAAAUCUCCCAAAUGAAGUACUUAGAUCUCUACAUAAAGGAGGCUCAGCGUUUGUAUCCCAGUGUUCCAUUUAUUGGUCGUUACACGGAAAAAGACUACGAAAUUGAAGGAAAACUCCUGCCCAAAGGCAGCACCCUGAAUUUGGGACUCGUAAUGCUUGGCUACAAUGAAAAAGUGUUCAAGGAUCCCCUUAAGUUCUGGCCCGAGCGCUUUGAGCAGCAGAAGCCCGGUCCUUUUGAGUAUGUGCCUUUCAGUGCCGGUCCUCGAAACUGCAUUGGCCAAAAGUUUGCCCUUUUGGAAAUCAAGACAGUAGUCUCCAAAAUCAUUCGAAACUUUGAGGUCCUUCCUGCCCUGGAUGAACUAGUCUCCAAGGAUGGCUAUGUCAGCACAUCUGUGGGACUGCCGCCUGCCGAGAGGGCAAAGCGUGAGGAGUAUCGUCACAAAUACGAUCCCAUUUUGUCGGCUGUUUUGACCUUAAAAUCCGAGAAUGGCUUGCAUAUCCGUUUAAAGGAGCGAAACUAAAAGAGAAACUCUGUUAUGCUUUCUCACUUUUUAAACUUAAGAUGACAUGUCGUUUUGUUAAUUUUUUCCUCCAAUCCCAAAACAGGUACUUAGAAAGAAAUGAUCUUUCUUGUUUUUUCUCCCAAAAAAUAAUUAUUAGAGAACUGUUAAUUAGAAAAGUAGAACAAAUAAACAUUGAAAUGUUUUAAA